AUGGCCACGAAAGACUCACUGCUACAUCCCUCCUUAGGCCAUGCCUCUCCCCAUCGGCCCGAGCAGGAAAUUGCCUCCCAAGGAUGCAUCCUAACUAGGGGUGACACAUUCAUGAGGAGCCCUGCUGGUGUAGUCUCUUACCUCCUGGAAGGGGGGAGCAUGGCCCAUGAAGACUUCUGUGGACACGUUGGUCAAUUGAACCCAGGAGAUCUGCAGUGGAUGACCGCAGGCCGGGGCAUCCUGCAUGCCGAGAUGCCAUGCUCCGAGGAGCCAGUCCAUGGCCUACAGCUGUGGGUGAAUUUGAGGAGCUCAGAGAAGAUGGUGGAACCUCAGUACCAGGAAUUGAAAGGUGAAGACAUCCCUAAACCCAGUAAGAACGGCGUGACAGUUGCUGUCAUUUCUGGAGAAGCCUUGGGAGUGAAGUCCAAGAUUUAUACUCGCACACCAACUUUAUAUUUGGACUUCAAACUGGACCAAGGAGCAAAGCAUUCUCAGCCCAUUCCCAAAGGGUGGACAAGCUUCAUUUAUACCAUAGCUGGACAUGUCUAUAUUGGACCUGAUGAUGCCCAGCAGAAAAUAGAGCCUCAUCAUACAGCAGUGCUGGGGGAAGGGGACUGUGUCCAGGUGGAGAACAAGGAUCCUGAGAGGAGCCACUUUGUCUUAAUUGCUGGGGAGCCUUUAAGAGAGCCUGUUGUUCAACAUGAUGUGGUCAACUGA